AUGUAUGGACGUCAACCCGUUCUAUCGGGCAAUAUUCUUGGUUCUCAUCCAUCUCAAACAAAGGUCAACAGUCGAGUCUUCGUUACCCUGUAUACGGCAACUUCUGCGGAUUACUGCAAGGACCGAAUGGUUCGCCAUGUCGGGUUUCAUGGAACAUUCCCGCUCUCGACCCAAACUCGAUUGCAAUUACUGGAGACACUCUUUCUCAACUUAAGCGCUUGCAAUAUCAUGGAUGAUCUUGGAGAGUUGGACGCAUUACUAGGAUUAGACGAUCCAGGAGAGCUGAGAGGCCCGGAAUUCCUCGAAACACUAUUGGCUCCACUUCUCGAGUCUGCCGUCAAUCUCAAGAGACUCAGUCUUGCCGGUAUACGGGACCUAGAAUCUUUUCCAAUCCUGAGCAACGCGCUAGUGGCGAGCUUCGCUCGUACCCGUUCGCUGAGUCUGAUAGGGAGGAGUCUCAUCGAACUGCUGGGCCGUGCGCUACAGUUAGAGAAUGCAACGAUCCCGUUGUCCCGACUCUUUCUGCAACUAAUGCCGAACGAGGACUGGAUGGAUAUUUGGCGUCUCUUGGAGCCGUGUCGAACUACCCUUGUUUUCCUGGGCAUAUACAUUAUGUACCGGUGUCCCGUUCCACCAUUGGAGUCGUGCCGCCCGUGGCCCCUCAUGUCGGAGCUCUCUAUCCUCAGUGAUUUGCUUCCGGUAACCAAGAUCUUCAGUACACGAGUCCUACGAAAGGCUUUUCCGAACCUGCAACAUCUUAGAAUUGCAUCCGGAGCCGUAUCUGCUGUCGAUGUAGCCCCGGUCGAGGCGGUGCCGGAAGACCAGGUGGAUGAAGAUGAGGACGAAGAGGAGGUGGUCGACCCGGAAUGGAGGACGCUGCAGUCGUUCUCCGGACACGCGAUAACAUUCGCAGCCCUCGGUUUCAACUGUCAACUUUCUGAGUUGACGUUACGCUCUGACUGCCGGUCGAUAACCGCGCCCAGUUAUCCAAAUACUGCGCGGCAUCUUUGCGCUGCGAUGCAACUCGCACAACCUCGCUGUUUUAGUUUAGAGGUCUUUGACGUGUGUACUCCAUUGGAUGAAGAUCUUGAAGAUGCAAUCUGCCAGCCAUUGCUUUGGGAAAGUGCACCGCACUUAGAAUACAUUCAUCUGUCUAUCAUGGAGGGACCGUGCUGCAAUCAAAUGUAUGAAUUUUUGGAUCGAUUCUGUGGCUCACUGCGUGCGGCGCGAGUCUCAUACCUAGUACUCAGCUUGUCGACCUGCCGGAACCGCAGUGGGUUCCGCUAUGGGGAGGAGAGUGAUAGGCGCAUGAUCGGACCCGCCAAGCUCCUGCGAGACGUCGCUACAUGUGUUCGUCGCUGCUGCUCAAAAGGUCUGCCGACAUUGAACUACGUCGAAAUAAAAGUCUGGGACCGCACUGAGAAUCAAUUCUACCGCUACCUGUAUGGGAUCCGCAGGCAUAUACGCGAUAUGGGAGAGGCCGCGGGUGACAGAAGGGUGGAGUUUGUCAGUCUCGACUCUGCUGUGGCCCCCAUUGUUAAGCGUUCUCUGGGUGUCAAGGUGGAUAUUAUUUGA